ACGGUCAGACUGGAGGCAGGACAUCCGCAGCUUCAAUGUUUUUACUUUUACGCGGAGCAGAAUUCAUUCAUCACAUGAGGGAACUUUCUUAAUGGGCGUUGCAACUUUUUUCUGGGUGUACAGUGAGAACUCGUGAGGGGGGCAAACCGUUAUUUUUGCGUAGAAUUUUGGGGUUUCCCAUGUGUUUGUGUGUGGAGAGCCGACCUCCUGCUGCUUGGUGGUAUGUUUAGUGGCUGUUCCGUCUUUUUGUUUUAGGGUAUUUAAUCCCUAUGAAGUAGAAUGGAGUAUUGCAUUUGCAGAAAACUUUAUUACUAAGUGAACUUUAUAAUCAGCCACAUCAGAUCAGUAACUUUGCUUUGCUCAGCUGCGUGCGUAAAGAUGACCAGCCCCUCCAGGAGCAUAGACGACCAUAAGGGCAUCACUGACAGCCCAGCUCCCAAGCCGGAAGCGCCCCGGUACCGCAGCUGGAGCAGCCUCCGCUUCUCCAGAUGGAGAAGUGGCUCCCAAAGGACGACCCCACCCGGGACCCCGUCCCCGAAAACGGACAAGAGGAGCGACGUGACCAAGACGCUCCUCUCUCUGGUGAGGACGCACAACGACGACUACACGGCGGAUCCGGACGGCCUGCUGAACCCCACCAGUGAGAGCGACGGAGGAGUCGAAGUCUUGGCUCAGGACCAGUCCACCUACUUCCAGAGGCAGUUCGGCUCCAUGCUGCAGCCAGGGGUCAACAAGUUCUCCCUGCGCAUGUUCGGGAGCCACAAGGGCGUUGCUGCUGAGCAGGAGAGGGUCAAGAGCUUUGGAGUGUGGAUCAUCCACCCCUACAGUGACUUCAGGUUCUACUGGGACAUCGUGAUGCUCCUGCUGAUGAUGAGUAAUCUGGUCAUCCUGCCCUGGGGAAUCACCUUCUUUGAGGACCAGAACACGAUGCCCUGGAUCACCUUCAACGUCUUGUCCGACACGCUCUUCCUCAUGGACCUGGUGUUCAACUUCCGUACGGGCAUCUUAGGAGAGGACAGUCACAUCAUCCUGGACCCCAAAGAGAUCCGCAUGCAUUACCUUCGCACCUGGUUCAUGGUGGACUUCAUCUCCUCCAUCCCUGUCGACUACAUCUUUCUCAUCGUCGACCUGGAGUCCCGACACGAGUCCUCUGAUGUCUACCGAACCGCCAGAGCUCUGCGCAUCGUCCGUUUCACCAAGAUCCUGAGUCUGCUUCGGCUUCUUCGACUGUCUCGCCUCAUCCGGUACAUUCACCAGUGGGAAGAGAUUUUCCACAUGACGUAUGACCUGGCCAGUGCAGUGGUGCGUAUCGUCAACUUGAUUGGCAUGAUGCUGCUGCUGUGCCACUGGGACGGCUGCUUGACCUUCAUGGUGCCGAUGCUGCAAGACUUUCCUCCAGACUGCUGGGUGGCUAAAAACAACAUGGUGAACUCUACAUGGCACAUCCAGUACUCCUACGCUCUGUUCAUGGCCAUGAGUCACAUGUUGUGUAUCGGAUACGGCGCCAACCCUCCGGAGGGCAUGACUGACGUGUGGCUCACUAUGAUCAGUAUGGUUGUCGGGGCCACCUGCUAUGCCAUGUUCCUCGGCCACGCCACCAACCUGGUGCAGUCUCUGGACGCUUCACAUCGCCAGUAUCAAGAGAAGUACAAGCAGGUGGAGCAGUACAUGUCAUUCCAUAAACUACCGGCGGACGUGAGACAGAGGAUCCACGAUUAUUACGAGCAGCGAUUCCAAGGAAAGAUGUUCGAUGAGGACAGUAUCCUCGGAGAGCUCAGCGAUCCGCUCAAGGAGGAGAUUGUCAGCUACAACUGCAGAGGGCUGGUAGCCAACAUGCCGCUCUUUGCCAACACCGACCCUCAUUUCGUGACAGUGAUUCUGACCAAGCUGCGUUUCGAAGUUUUCCAACCGGGAGACUUGAUUAUCCGAGAAGGAACGCUGGGUCGGAAAAUGUACUUCAUCCAACAUGGCACCGUCACCGUGAUCCCCCGCGGCAGUAAGGAGAUUAGGCUCAGUGACGGAGCGUAUUUUGGAGAGAUCUGCCUGCUGACUCAAGGCCGGCGUACAGCCACUGUGAGGGCCGACACCUACUGUCGUCUCUACUCCCUGAGUGUGGACAGUUUCAACGAGGUCCUGGAGGAGCAUCCUCUGAUGAGGAGGGCGUUUGAGAGCGUAGCUGUGGACCGACUGGACCGGGUUUCACGUAGACCCAGUUAUCAGCCUCCUGCAACCGAAUGAGCCCAUCAACACCAGCAGACAGAGACUCCAGGCAGGAAUGUGUAGCCUGUUCUUAAAUGUAAAUUCUACUGACCUUAGUAUGCAGUAAUGGACAACCAGUUGGAGACCCUCAGUUUAAUUUAUUAACGCAUUAUCGCUGCUCUCUGUUGAAAACCUUGUACCUUCAGUUAAUUUCAUUUUAUUACUUGAAUCUUAAAGAGCUAUAUUAUCAUGUUUGUGCUAGAUCUUUGUAUACUGUUCAUGUUAGAUCCUCUGCAUUCUUUAUAAACUGGAUGGACAUCAGUGGCAGCACUUUGUUCUUGCUCCCCGAUCAGCUUACAUUUUGACUUACACGUGCUUUCGUACCGACAGCUAUACUGUAAAUAGUGCUUUAAGAUCACAUUUCAGUGGCCUGCUUGCCUCCUGGAACAACAGUGCAAGCUUGAUGAUCCAUCUCAUCAUUCAGACAGGAUAGUGAAAGCGUACAGGAGCACCAGCUGGCGAUACAGCCAACAGAUUUCUGAAGCUUUGAUUUUAAUGAUCCCUCAGAUGUGUAGGUUGUAUGAAGUGAGGGUUUAAUACCGGUGUUCCCUGAAGAUAAGCUGCACUGAUGUAAUAACUCCAACUGUAUAGAGACAGGGAGUACACAGUUAUAUAUCACUGCUUAAAUCAGACGCAUUUCUUCAUCCUCGUACUUCUGAGUUGUUAAUUUAAUAGAGAAAACUCAAAAUGUACAGAGAUUGUAUGAAAAUUUGACCUAUGCAUUGCUAUAAAUUAGCAUUCAGUAUUAUCUGGUCUCAUGUUUUCCACAUGUAACACUUACUAGUUACUUGCUCUCUUGUUAAAAUGCUGGCAAUUCAUCUGCAAUUGUACUUUUGUGUUUUAAAAAAAACAGUUUAUGAAAAUGAGUAGGGACUGCACAGUGGCUUGGUGGUUAGCACUUUAGCCUUGCAGCUAAAAGAUGCCGUCUAGGCCUUCCCGGGAUCUUUCUGCAUGGAGUUUGCAUGUUCUCCCUGUACAUGUGUGGGUUUUCUGUGGAUACUCCGGCUUCCUCCCACAGUCCAAAAAACAUGCUCAGGUUAAUUGGUGAUUCUAAAUUGUGACUCUAAUGAGGAUUAAGCGUGUAUAGAUAAUGGAUGGAUGAACUAUCAGUAGGUUAAUUAGUAGAUACGUCACCUACAAAUCUGACAUUAUAUAUGUACAUUUUUCACAGCAGACAUGUAAGAAAAAGGAAAAGCACAAGUGUAUCUAACGACAUUCAUAAUGUUUAAAUUCAGUUUAAGUGUCCCAAUGAGCCAUGCCAGUCAACAGUAAUUAUAAAUUAAUGGUAAUUACAUACGUGUUUUUCCAGCUAUGACAUUUCACAAUUUUGAAGUAUAUGCUAUUUAUUUUUUGUUAUUUAUUUUCUUUCCAAACAUGAUUUGACAAGUGUGAAUAGACCUGAUAUUGAUAGCCGAAUAUUGUUUUAAAUUCUACUAGUCUCAGGUAAAAUUCAUUCAGUGUGUUUCUUACAGGUACAUUUUUAUGCCCAUUCUAUUUCAGAGAGCCACACACAGCUGCACAACAAUAUUAAUCUUAUGAAUGUGUUUCAUUUUGUUCUUUAAACUAUCUGAUGAAUUAUCCUCAUACUGAUGAUGUCAUGUAUAUAUAUAUAUUUCUACCCUUGAAGCAUAAAUAUAAUAUUUUUUCCUA